GAAGUAUAUAACAAUGGCAGGGCUUGGGGCUGGCGGUGUGCGGGUGCAGCGUCAGCGUAGCAGGAUGAGGGCCUCCACACUCCUCCUGCUGCCGAUGAUGCUGGCACGUGACUGUACCGGAGCACCGAGGGCAGGAACGGGGCCCCCAACGCCACCUUCGCCUCCCUCCACCUUGCCCACAACACUCCGCAGAAUAGUGAGAGGGCCGCCGCGUGGUACAGGUAUGGCGGAAGGCAAUAUUCCUUCUCUCUUUUCCUUGGCCAGCCAGCAGGAGGGAACGGAGGACCUGAAGCAGCUGAUGGCCUUCCUGCUGAACCUCACCGCCGAAGGACAACUCUAUUUGGUGCACGACGACGACAACAGUGAAGAACUGGCGGCGGCGGAGCGUGCGUGGCGGCGAGGGGGGCGUACACUCACGCUCCUGCCCUACGAGCCCGAGGCGCGGCUGCUGACGGCGGUGCUGAAGAACGACCCGCGCCACCACGUGCUGCCCAUGAGGAACGUGUUGGUGCUCUGCUCCCCCCAACACGUGGCCGCGCUCUUCCGACAGGUGAGGAAAAAUGUGCUGGAGUCCCGCUCGACGCAGUGGAUCGUUGUCACCACCGCGGACCUGACGCAGACGCUGCCAAAGGAACUGCGCGAGGGGACGCAAGUGGCGCUGGUGCAGCGUGAAAGGACCCGCGCCGCGCAGCUCUACUCCUCCAGCGUCCAGGCCGACGGGGAGAUCAGGUUCUCGUUCGUGGGUGAGUGGUCGGCGGGGUCGGGGGCGGCGGGGGCGGCACGCCUGAGGGGUCGCCUGCUGCCCGACGUGCCGGAGCUGUACUCGGACCUGCAGGGCCGCCACCUGGUGGUCACCACGAACAACAACUGGCCCUUCUUCAAGAUCAUCACGCUCGACAACGGCACCGUCAUCCCAGUCUCGGGCGUCGACCUCAAGGUGAUCACGACCCUCAGCGAGGCGCUCAACUUCACGUACCACCUCAUCCGGCCGCCAGACGGCAAGUGGGGCGGGCCUCAGCCGGACGGCACCGUGACGGGCCUGAUCGGGCAGGUGGCCAGGCACGAGGCCCACGCCACGCUCUGUGAACUCUCCGUCACAAGUAGCCGGGAGACCGUGGUGGACUUCACUUUCCCCUACUUCCUGGAGUCCACCACGCUGGUGUCCGGCGCGCCCAAGGAGAAGAGCCGCACCUUUGCUGUCUUUUCCCCCUUCACGUUGGAGGUGUGGCUGUGCAUCGUGGUGGUGGUGGCAGCGAUGGGGCCGUUCCUGUACCUCCUGACCCGCCCUCUGGUGCUCGUGUUGGACCACAGCGACCAGCCCCAAUACACGCCGCAGGAACUCGGCUUCAACAUGUAUCGCAACUUCAUGGUCCAGAGCAACCUCAUCAGAACCUCCAGCUGGGUGCUCAAGAUCAUGUUCUUCAGCUGGUACCUCUUCUCCUUCUACAUCAACGCCUUGUAUUCCGGGACCCUGACGGCAGUGCUCGCCAUCCCUGCCUUCGAGAAGCCUAUUGACUCCCUGGAGCAGCUGGCGAGCGCUCACCAACGAGGCUACACCAUCGGUACCACCAGGGACUCCAGCUUCGAGGACACACUCAAGAGCGCUGUGUCCGGCAUCUACCGCGAGGUGUGGCUGCUCAUGAACCACGAGGACCCCAGCCAGAGCUUUCUGGCCACACCCGGACAUGGCAUCCAAAUGAUCCUGAAGCGGAAGUACUUCGUGUUCAUCAACGCGCAGCUCAACUCCAUCAUGAAGGCCACGCAGCUGGGCAGGCACCAGUUCCACAUCGGCCGCCAGACCUUCCUGCCGCAGAGCUACGGCAUCGCCUGCAACACCGGCUCACCCCUACGGGACGCCUUCAGCAGCGUGUUGCUGCGCCUGAUAGAGGGCGGCCUCGUGUACAAGUGGGCGGGGGACGAGGUGUCGGGCGGCGCCUCCAGCCAGUCAGCCGCCAAGACCUCGGGGCCGCCGUCCAUCACCCUCCAGCACCUGCAGGCCGCGUUCUUCUUGUUGACCCUGGGCUUGUCGGCGUCCGUGGUGGCGCUGGGAGGCGAAGUGGCGGCCAGGAGGUGGUGGCGGCCUGGGGAGGGGCAGACACCUGGUACCACGGCCCAAAGAAUGCUCCGGGAGUCUGGGGCGCUGCGACUCAGAUAAGGCGACGCAAACCUCUUGAGGCGAGACUGACAAGGCGAACUCGGAGCCACCUCGACAUCCAAAGCCUGGCGUCGCUACUCCUGCACUUCGCCUCCUGAUACAACUAGAAUUUUUUAGUAGUUUGCUCAAAUCGGAGCCACAGAAUAGGAGAGUUUGGCCAGCUUCAUCGCAGGCACCUUGAUGUUACCAAAAGAGCAACGCGAAAUUUAAAUUGAUGCAGAUAUAAAAGUUUAUAUUUUAUUUUUGUUCUCUAGGUAUCGUUAGGUCUGAGAUCCUGAUGAUCUGACUAUUCUGAGACCUCAGGAUCUAACGAUCCUGAAAUCAUCAUGUUGUGUAAGAUAGUUCCCACUCUAAAGCAAUAUAAUGAGAAUACGACAGGAAGUGGGGAAAAAUGUAUUAUAUAGAAAAAAAUAGGGGAAUAUAGAUAUAUACGAAGGAUGAAGGGGAAUGGUCAAUGGUAUGCAUGGCGGAUGCACGAAAAGAAGGUAUUCUUAAACCCACCUUAUCAGAAUCCCGUAAAUACUUAGGGAGGGCAGUGGAAUGGUUGCUUAUACAGGAACAUCAGAAGAGUAGAGUUAUAAACAUGAAGGAUGGUAAACGAUUAUAAUUUCUGUUUUUUCUGGAUGCAUAAACGAAACAACGCAAUAA